CUAUGGGGUGACAUUUAACAUUUGGUUGCGCAUCUUCGCGCCAAAUUAUAAAAUAAAAUUUAACCUUGUUUAUUUUAUUAUAAUAACAAUUUUUUGUAUGGUCCAGGUUAUUUUUAAUAUUAAUUAGAAUGGACAUUUCGUCUGUAUUGUCAGCAGAAAUAUCUGCUACUUGCAAUUCGCUAGGAUAUUUCGAUGAGAAAACAAACAAGUAUUAUUCAGAUUCCAACACUCUAGAAACUGUUAAAGAUCUCAUCCGUUAUCUAAGACGUGACGAUGAGCAACACACCAUUAGAAGACAACUUGGUGCAACCAAAAUCCUACAAACCGACCUUUUACCAUUAUUAAAGAACUACCAUCAAGAAGGUGAUUUAUUCGACGUGCUUCUAAGAUUGAUAAUGAAUUUAACGACACCCCCUUUGUUGCUUUUUAACUUCGAGGUCCCUACAGAUAGUUUGCUUCGAAAUUUGUACCUCGAAAUGGAGGAUCACUUGAAAGAUUACAAAGAAGCGUUUGCGGAUGAUGGUAUAUGGGCUGUUUUUAGUACACAGCUGAGUAAAAUAUUGGAAAUUGAUUAUGCUGAACGAGGAGAAGAAAAUGGUGUUAAAAUUGAACGAAUUUUAAUUUUGGUUCGAAAUGUUCUUUUUGUUCCUGCUGAUGUGUUUGAGAAAAGGCCGGACAACGAUGCUAGCAUACAUGAUCAGGUAUUAUGGGCUCUACACCAUUCCGGCCUAUUAGACAUCAUCUUGUACAUAACCACGAAUCCUUCGGAACAAUCCUAUUACAUGUACAUCCUGGAAAUAAUGUUUUUCAUGUUACGUGAACAACAGCCGCACGAAUUGGCAAACGCGGCUUUAGAACGCAGCCAAAGCGAGAAAAUUAGAGACGAAGCCGAGCUGCUGAACAUACGAAAUUUGGAACACAACAAAAAACAGAGCAAGAUGAAGAUGUACGCUGGCACAAGGCAUUCGAGGUUCGGUGGUACGUUUAUCGUGCAAUCGAUGAAGAGUAUCGGUGAGCAUGAAUUAGUUUACCACAAACCUUUGAAUAAGGUGGAAUCUCUAAGCUUCGAUAACGGGAAGAGUAAAAAGAAGACUCCGAAGAAUCGAAUGCCUUUAGUAAGCAAUGAAGUUAAUAGGCGAUCAGCUUUUACAAUCAGACUCUUUCUGAAAGAAUUCUGCAUAGAAUUCCUGAACGGAGCUUACAACACAAUGAUGCUAUACGUCAAAGGCACUUUAGUACGCACAGGCGAUGAUGUUCACGACGAAUCUUACUAUUUUUGGGCUAUAACUUUCUUCAUGGCUUUCAAUCGCAGCUACAAAUUCGAAAUUAAAUUAGUCAGCGAGACUUUAUCCGUACAAACAUUCCACUACGUUCAGCAACAAAGCGAAAAUUAUUUCGACAGAAUCAGAACUGACAGAAAGAAACUUAUCGUUUGGUCUAGAAGACUCCGCACUGCGCUAUUAAGCUACAAGGAAUUAUUUCUAACUCUUUUAACGAUGGACAAAUCUUCCGAUUCAAGCAUAAAAGAGUCAUCAAAAGUGAUUAAGAGUAACUUAUUUUAUGUCCCUGAAUAUAGAGAAUUUAUACUCACUCUGUUAAUUCAAUACGACGAGCUAAAGAUGAGCAACGCUUAUUUGCGAGAUCUCAUCGAAACGCAGCAUUUAUUUAUGAAAAUGUUCGAAGUUUACUGCACCGAAGAAGGGUCAAUAGUAAUACAGAAAAAAACUAAAUCGCACGGUAAAAAAAAGAAAAAAAACCAACCAAUCAAUGAAGAAGCGAAGCUAAACAAUUUGAACAACCUCUGGGACAAAGCAGCUCCUCAACUUUCAGCCGUAUUAGAAUCCGAUAGAAACUUUUUAACCGAAGAAGUUCCGUUCGAUGCCGCUUCAGAUACGCCCAUCGACGAACAGCAGAGUCAAGCGAUGAAGAAGAUCAAAUUAAAAUUGAUGCAAUCCGAAUUUGAAACUGCCAUCAGCCUCAUGCGGGCUUCCAGAGAAGUCUGGCCCGAGAAUAACUAUUUCGGAAGCGAAAAUAUGGCUACGGAAGAAGAAUUUUUAGCUAUAAGAGAAAUAUUUUUCGCCGAUUUAGGUGAAGAAAUACCAAAUACUAAUAAUACUGUUACUGAAGAUGAAGACGAAGACGAUAGCGAUGGGGACAAUGAACCGCAAGUAAGAACGCGCGAAGUUAACUUAAGUUUUAAAGAACUCGUCGGUAGAUUGGCCCAUCCAAAAGUAAUCAGAGCUUGUGGUAUAGCUUUAAGAUCUUUCGACACAAACUCUAUUAACACAAAUCACGCUAUUAUCAAAUUACUGCAUCGCAUAGCCUUCGAUUGUAAGAUGUACGUAAUGAUUUUUCAAGUCAGCAUAUUUAGAACGUUUCAAAGAAUAUUCGAAUUAAAAGAUUUACCGCAACAUAGAGAGCUUGUUAAGUUUUGUAUAUACAUCGUCAGACAGUUUGUGAAAGUUAUUGGACAGAACGAUAAGAUAUUCAUCGAGUGUUUAUUUUGGAAGACCAAAAAGGAAGCCUAUGAAAUUGAACACGGUUACGGUGCUAGCGAACCUAAAGCGGUUGGUGCCGCUUGGAAGGAAGAAGAAGAAGUGGAGAUCCGCGAAUUAUUCCAAGAACAUAAAGAACAAAAUAUCCAAGAAGACGUAGUAGAUUGGAUGAUCAAGAAUAUGGUCAACAGUAUGCGUUCUAGGCGAGUGGUUUUGAAGAAACUUAGAGAAAUGGAUCUAGUUGAAGAUUAUAAACGUCAAUAUAAAAAAACUAGAUCUACAGCAUGGAGUACGGAAAACGAAGAACAACUGGCUGACUUAUACGAAACGCAUAAAAAUUCUACAGAUCCAGUUGGUUCAAUUAUGAACGAAUUAUUCCCGAAGAGAUCGAAGAAUAAGGUGAUCGAAAAGCUACUCUCGCUAGGAUUGAUCCGGGAUAAAAAGGAAGUACGUAAAAAACGUUCGAAGAAAAGUAAUCAAAUGGAAGAAAAAUCUGAUUUUAUUGAUACAGAUUCCGAUUCAGACGCUCCUCCAAUACCAAACAAGCAAAUUAAGAAAAGGACGUUUACUGUUAGUACAAAUACAAACGAAACUAUCAAAUUAAUCAAACAGCUUAUCAACUCUGGAAAACAAAAUGGUAUAGAAUGGUUAAAAGAAAGCAUAUCUGACGUAAUCGAAGAUUUCGAAGAGGAUAAUGAAAGUGUUCCAUUGGUACCGUUAUCUGAAGACAUAGAAAACUGUAUGGAUGAUCAGGAAUUUCAGAAAUUGCUUAGAGAUCUCGGUAUUUCGGAACCUUUCGAUGAACAGGAAAGUUAUUGGAGGAUACCAGAAGGAAUCGGAUUGGAAACAUUGAAAAAUCAUCACGAAUUAUUAACCAAUGCUUUAAACAACGAUAAUGGUUGCAUUGAAAAUGGUAUAGAAACAGAAAAUAAUAGAGAUGAUCAUGACGACGAUGUAAUAAGACGCGAAGAAAUACAAAACAAUAAAGAAGAUGAUGAUGAUGACGACGAUGGAUUGAUAAUUGAUGAAACCGUAGAAAAUGAUGACCAAAUUAGCGAUAGGGUUGAACUAGCUGAAAGUAACUCAAAUGGCGAAAUUUAUUUGAAUACUACUACAAAGAGAAAUAGAAUCCCAUCAGAAUCGCCCCCACAUAAGCGAAUAAGAAUAGAAGAUAAAAUCGAAGAUGAAACCGACGAGUUAUAAGGAAUCUUGAACAUAACUCCCAUGACUUCAAAUAUUUCGUCAGCAGUUUUAGCAGUAGUGACUCUUCAUAUAGCCCUAGGAAUGUACAUUUAUAAAGCGUACUCGGAAG